GCCCGCAGCAACCAGGCCCCAGGGCUCCAGCAGAACCACGGGACAGCCCCGUUGACUAACAGGCGCCUUCAUUAUUCGUCGACUGAAGCUCCCACAGCGCGACCUCAACAGCGUAAUCACCCCAACGCACGACCAGACGUCGACGUGGCAUUGGCGAAGGGUGAGUUGCAGCAACAAGCUACACAGCCGUGCGCCUCGACAACGGGACUGCCCCCAGGCUAGCUCCGAGGAACCACAACAGAGGCCAGCGUGCCACGGCUACACAGACAAGAUGGUGGGCAAAAAGUCGGGCAGGGCCCAGCUGAGGCAGGAAGGCCUCGAGCGAACAGACAACAACAUGGACCUCUCGUCGUGGCCACAGGUAGGCAUGAUCAACCAGAAGAACUACUACACCGAGUUCCUCAAGCGCGACGAGCAGUUCUUGGCUGUGCGAUACCCCAAGGACGAAGAGCGCGCCCGCAUCGUCCAGGAAGCCCGCGACAAGGAUCGCGCCCGCGCGCUGGGCGCCCCCCAGGCUGCCGAAGGCGCGACUCCGCAGGCCGACGAGGCCGCCGACGAGGCAGAUGUCUCGCUGGACUCGUCUAAGACGGACAUCUCCAAGCUCAUCGUCAUCCACCCCGGCAGUCAGAACCUGAGGAUAGGCUUGGGCUCCGAUGCGCUGCCAAAGACAAUACCCAUGGUCAUCGCACGACGAUGGAAGGAGAGCGAGUGCGAGGAGGACGGCGGCGAGCCCAGCCCCAAGCGCAUGAAGAUCGAGGGCGCGGUGCCCGCCGACGCGCUCCCUGAGAAGUGGUUUGGGGAAGACUUCGCCGACCAGUAUAUGGCCAUGUCCUCGGAGCUGAGAACGCGAAUGCGCUCUAACAAGCGUAGAGUGCUGCCAAACUCCAAGGACCUCGUCACCAACUACAAUCGCCGCACACCACCAGACGUUAUCUCAGAGCACAACGACAUCAACCGCAUCGAGUUCACAGAGCUCCCUGCAGACCCCAAGAAGGCACCGCACUUCUUUACAGGCCACGAAGCGCUCCGGAUACCCGAGCGAUCAAAUCCCCGAUACAAGCUGUUCUGGCCGCUGCGCUACGGCACAUUCAACGAGGCCGAGUACAAGGACCGCAACCAGAUCUACCAUGACAUAUCCAAGAUCUUCGGGGAAGCCUUCAAGAAUCACCUGGGUAUCACCAAGAUGAAGGACCUCGCAAACUACAAGUGCGUCCUCAUCAUCCCAGACUUGUACGAGCGCAACUAUGUCACAAUGCUGCUUGACAUCCUGAUACGAGAUCUUGGCAUCGGGAAGGUCUGUUUGCAGCAGGAGAGUCUGUCCAUUACAUUUGGAGCCGGCUCAGACAAGCUGUGUGUAGUUGAUAUCGGCGCGCAGAAGACCUCCAUCUGCUGCGUCGACGAAGGUCUUUGCGUGGAAGAGUCUCGUGUCAACCUGAAGAUGGGCGGCGCAGACAUCACGGAAACAUUCAUCAAGAUGAUGCUCUACGGCCAUUUUCCCUACUCGGAUAUCAACUUGAGGAGGCGAUAUGACUUCCUGCUUGCAGAGGAACUGAAGCAAAAGUUCUGCUCCAUGGACGAGAGCACCGUUGUGGUCCAGACGUGGGACUUCCACCUCCGCGCUGCAGGUCAGGAGACACGGAAGUACACGUUCAAGACCUAUGAUGAGACACUGCUCUCGGUAAUGGGCCUCCUCAAACCCUCCAUCUUCGACAACUCGCACAAACUCGAAGGCCGCCGCUCCGUAAUUCCACGCUCUAUCGACCUCUAUGACUCCUCCCCCAACGACCCGCUCUCCGCAGCCCAACUCGUCGUCCUCGAGCUCGCUACCGGCCGCCCCUCGCUACUCAUGAACGGCGAACCCGCCAUCGCAGCAACUCCCCAGAAACCGCCUCCCUUGAACAUCGCCAACCGCCUCGCAGACAACGAAGCCACACCGCGAUCCUCCGUCGCCGGCUCGCCCGGUCCAGAGGGAACGCCAAAUCCCGACCGCGAUACGCCCAUGGGAGAUACUGAUGCACCAGCGCAGGGCCUGAUAUUCCGCGACCCAGUGCUCGAAAAAGUCAAGAUCGCAGAGGAGCGCGACAAGACCCUACCCCUGCUACCGUUGGACCUAGCGAUCCUAGAGUCCCUGGCGCAAGGCGGGCGGGGCGACGAGAAGAAAAUGCGCGACUUCAUGGGCGGCAUCGUGCUCGUCGGCGGCGUCGCUAAGACGCCGGGUCUGCGCGAGUUCCUCGAGCUCAGACUCCGAGAGCUGCGCCCGGGUAUGGAGAUCCUCCUCCCCCCACCCCCGAGGGAUCUCGAUCCCCAGGUCAUCGCGUGGAAGGGCGGCAGCGUCUUCGGCCGCCUCAGCUCGCAUGGCAACGAUAGCUGGAUCUCGCGCUGCGAGUACGAUAUCCUCGGCACCAGGCUGUUGAACAAUAAAUGCAUGUUUGCUUGGUAGUGUGAGCAACGGGCGCGGCGCCGGCUGGCACACGACUCGUAAGAUGAGUCGUGGGAGAGCGGGAAAUUGGAAUUGCUGGACGCCGUGCAUGGGCCUAGCGGUGCAGGCUCGCCGGCGUAGCGCGGUCCGGGUCGUCCUAUAAACUCGCGUCUUGUACCUUAUGGGUACUGGGUGGGUCUGUCGCCGGCUGAGGUGCGGAGAGACAGGGAGGCUGUGGCAGCGGGCAGGCGUCUGCCACCGAAGAUCGUUGGUCCGCGAAAGCCGCCGACGAAGUCUACUGUGAAGUCUUAGACGGAGGCUCACUCUCACUCUUAGUCUUAAUCGGCUGUUGUAUUGUAUUCGUAGGGGCUCAUGAGGCGGUCCCCGGCAGAUCGGUCUUGGUAGUAAUGAUAAUAUGUGC